AUGGAGGCACAGUGCAGCAGAGCAGGCGACCAGCUUAGACCAAUUGUACUCAAGUCCGAUUCCGAGUACGUGGUGCGGGGCCUGACCGAAUGGCUCCCAAAGUGGAAGAAAAAUGGCUGGAAGAAUGCCAAGGGUUUGCCAAUCGCAAAUUCUGCCCUAUUCAAAUGCAUCGAGGAGCUGAUUGAUCAACUUGAUCAGAAGAUCUGUUUCAAAUUUUGGGUAGUGCCCCGAGAACAGAACAAGAUGGCAGAUCUUCCAGCAAAAUCUGCCCUCAAAGAAUAG